AUGCUCCAGAAUAUGAGCGAGCCAACCAAGACAAUGAGGGUCAGCCCCCGAAUCACCGAGCCCGACAAGCAGAACAACGUCGAGUCACUGGAGCCUGUACCUACAGACCCAGGCCAAGAACUGUCGGCAUUUCCCCUCAGUCCUUCGAGAACGGGGACAAGAGUGAGUUCAAGCCAGUACGUGUAG